AUGGCUGUCUGCGGUGGCUGCAAUAUGGCCAUCCUUGAUCGUUAUGUUUUCCAAGUAUUGGAUAAAACUUGGCACGCUUCAUGUAUUCAGUGUGUCGACUGCAAGGAACCGCUUACUGAAACAUGUUUUUCACGCGAUGGCCUUAUUUUCUGUAGAGAAGAUUUUUCCAGGCGGUUCGGUACUCGUUGUGCGGGUUGUAAUGUGGCGCUGGAGAAGAACGAUCUUGUUCGGCGGGCACGAGAUAAAGUUUUUCAUAUACAGUGUUUCCAGUGUACAGUAUGCCAAAAAAAGCUGAACACCGGCGAUCAGGUAGUGGUCUAG